UUCGACGCGGCGCUUUUUUUUUUUUUUUUUUUUUUUUUUUUUUUUGACUCUUUCGUCAUCUUCCCGUUAGAUGCAGUUUUCGUAGCGAUGGCAGAGAUCAGAAUCGCCGACGAAGACGACCACCUGGAGCUUACCGUCCGCGAUCUCGAUUCACCGGAUUUGGAAAAAUCAGCCUCGGUCCCUUCAUUAGCUUCCGGCGAAAUCGUCCCUCUCCUGAGUCAGAACCAAAGACCCAGGUUCAACAUCUUCUCCCCCUCCUACGCUCGACGCAGACCAAGGGAGCAAGUGAUUAGAGUAAGUGAAAGUGAGAUAUCACCAGUAAUUCAGUUUUCAUCAUGGGUUUGGAGUGGGUCACGUUACUCUGGCUUACUCUGUAUGGCCUUGUCAUCCACACUCUACCUCAUCAUGGAGUUACUUUCAGUUUCUUUUUCUGUUGAGCCGAUUCCUUUGUUUGAGACCGCGUUCCUGAGAUGCACUAUUAUCUUGAUACUAUCAUACAUUUGCUUGAAAAGAAUCGGACAACCAGUGUUUGGACCUGCGCAUGCCAGGAAGCUUUUGAUUUCACGAGCCCUUGUGGGUUAUCUUUCUUUGUUUAGUUUCAUCUUUAGCAUCCAAAUGUUGCCCUUGUCCCAAGCUAUUGUACUAAGCUUUGUGAAUCCAGUUAUGGCUUCCAUUGCAGCACGUGUUAUUUUGCAUGAGAAGUUGAAAAUAACUGAUAUUGGAGGUCUUGCUUGCAGCUUCUUUGGCGUUCUUUUUAUUUUCGGCCCAACACUUACUGUCCAAGUUGGAUCAGAAGUAAAGAGUGAAAAUCUCAAAGGAAACCAUCAUAUUUAUGCGCUCUUGUUGGGUUUAUUUUCAUCAAUCACUGGAGGAGUCAGCUAUUGUCUCAUAAAGGCAGCUGCUAAAGCAUCGGAACAGCCAGUGAACACGGUCCUUUCGUUUGGUUUGGUAGCUUGCCCAGCUGCAGCUAUUUGUAUGUUUUCCUUGGAGAGCUUUGUGCUACCAGCGUUUGAGACCCUUAUUUGCAUGAUUGUACUUGGGUUGCUGGCGUUUUGUGCUGAGGUACUUUUGGCACGUGGACUUCAGCUUGAGAAAAUCAGCAAAGCCGCAAACGUAUUGUACAUCGAGGUGGUGUUGUCGCAGUUAUGGAUACUUGGUAGCGGAAAAGCAGGAUCGUCAGGCUUGUUUAGCCGCAUUGUUGGGUGUUUGCUCAUUCUCAUGUCGGUGAGCUACACCAUUUACACGGGACCUGCUAAAGAUACAGAAUAAGCAUCAGCGUAGUAGCAUUGUCCCAUUUUUAUUCUAUUUUUUUUUUUUGUAUUUUCUUUUGCCUACUCUACUUGUUGGUACAAUGCAAAAUCCAAACCUCAGUAACUCCAUCUUUUCCUCAGUAACUCCAUCUUUUUGGGUAUUAAAUUUCAUUUAUUUUUGGUUA